AUACAAACUAAGAGUUUAUGAUUAUUAACAGAUAAAUAGUUCUGCUGUGCUGUUCAUAAGGAUGAAUCAAUUUAGAGAAAAGUUGCUUAGCAAUCUUAGCAAAAAAGGAUGUGACGAAAUUCGCCACCAAUUUCCGUUCCAGACGGACGACGAAAUCGAGGAUAUACUUUUUCAACGUUACCGGCAGGACAUGGGUAACACCAAUGCGAACCUGAAACAAUCGAUAGAGAAAAGCAAAUCAUCGGAAUCCUAUCGUUUCAUACCACAGUUCCACUUUGAACUACCGAAAAACACCGAUAGUCUAGCGCAAAAGCUUCGCGAGGAAGCAAGGACACUAUUUUUGCAGAAACGUAGCAAAGAAUUGUUGGAUAAUAAUGAACUGAAGCUGCUGUGGAGCUUGCUGGAAAAGCACCACUCGCCACCGUUGAUGGGUGACGAGCAAUACAUUAACUAUGAGAACUAUUGCAAAGUGGCAUCGAUAGCGGGAGAAAAAUUCAAACGCUAUUUAACGGCAUCCACGUUUGCCCGGCUGGUUGUGGCCAGUAGCUACCCGGGGAAAAUAAGUGUAAUGUCCCUGUUUAAUUACGCGAUGCGUAAGGUUUGGCUGCAGCAGACCAGAAUCGGACUAUCGCUGUACGAUUACACGGGACAGGGUUAUCUAAACGAAUCGGAUUUGGAGUCAUAUAUUUUGGAACUCAUUCCGACAUUCCCCCAACUGGAGGGUUUGGAGAAAUCAUUCCACAGUUUUUACGUUUGCACAACGGUGCGGAAGUUUUUCUUUUUUCUUGAUCCACUGCGAACGGGAAGGAUUCGGAUACGGGACAUUCUGACGUGUAGCUUUUUGGACGAUUUGUUGGAACUGCGUGAUGAGGAAAUUCCGAAGGAUGCUCAAGAGAUGAAUUGGUUUUCGGCCCCGUCUGCACUGAGUGUGUACGGGCAUUACUUGAACUUGGAUAAAGAUCACAACGGAAUGCUUAGCAAAAAGGAGCUUAUUGGUUAUGGCUCUGGGACGCUUACUCCUAUCUUUUUGGAUCGCGUGUUUGCCGAAUGUCUUACGUAUGAUGGAGAGAUGGAUUACAAAACGUAUCUUGAUUUUGUACUUGCUUUGGAGAACCGAUCGGAACCGCAGAGCCUGCACUAUCUGUUUCGAAUCUUGGACGUGGAGCACAAGGGAUACCUGACUGCGUUCACUUUGAAUUAUUUUUUCAAGGGAAUUCAGGAUGAAAUUUCGGCUCAUCGUGCGGAGCCGGUCAAUUUUGCCGAUAUUAAGGACGAGAUAUUCGACAUGGUCAAACCGGUGGAUCCCACCCGGAUAACGCUGAAGGAUUUGAUUAGCAGUGGCCACGGAGAAACCGUGGUGUCCAUUCUGAUCGAGUUCCACAAGUUUUGGGCCUACGAAAACCGAGAGGUGAUGGUAACGGACUCGACGGCCGCGGAAGAAACGCACAACUUAUGAUACACGGCCGGUUUUAGGUGUUGCGAGCCGGAGGAGGAUGAGGAAAUUACCGUUUUUUGAACCGGUAGACUGCCUUUUUUAUUAGAAUAGUAAGG